AUGACCAGUGGGAACAAAAACCUGCCGUCUUAUGCAAUAAUAUCUCGCGAAGAAGCCCAGUACUACGAGGAACUAACAAAGAAAGGCACUUAUGAUCUCGGACCAACAGAGCUUUUCUGGAGGGAUCGCCAAGCACACCUGGAGGACCAUGGAUACAUGCUGAGAGCUCGCUAUCAUCCAGAUUGGAGUCCAUCCUGGUUGGGAUCCUCUCGGGAUCCCGCAUUUUGUGAAGACUCAAUAAUCCUACAUAAAUUCAAUGUCAUUGAUGCUAUUCGCCAGAACGAUGGUUUUCUUGUAGCGCUCAAGACAACACGCAAUAACAGCGGCGAAAUCGCUAUCGCUUCCUUUCUCUCUUCAUCCUCACUCCGCAAAGACCCCUCAAACCACUGCAUCCCUGUACUCGAUACUCUACCAGACCCUUUAGAAACAAACAAAUCGCUCUUGAUUAUGCCGUAUCUACGGCCAUUUAAUGACCCCGAGUUCAGAGCGAUUGGAGAGGUCGUCGAAUUCGUACAACAGACGCUCGAAGGGCUCUCUUUCCUACAUCGAAAUUAUAUAGCACACCGGGACUGUGCAGCUGCGAAUAUCAUGAUGGAUGGUCGACCGCUGUAUCCUCAUGGACACCACCCCGUUCGCCGUAACUAUACCACAGAUGGGGUGUUCGACGUUGUUCCGUUGUCUCGUCUCGACUGUCCCGUGCGCUACUACUUCAUCGACUUCGGUAUCUCCACGCGAUUUCUGGAGGGAUCAUCGACGUACGUGCUCGGGAGACAGGGUAGAGACAAGGACGUGCCAGAGCUGUCAUCUGAGGUACCAUACGACGCGUUCAAGGUGGACAUCUUCACUCUCGGCAAUCUUUACCGCACAGAGUUCUAUGAGAAAUAUCAUGGCCUAGACUUUCUACGACCGCUUAUAACGUCAAUGACACAACGCGCACCUGAUAAACGACCCACUGUUGAAGAAGUCUUGGGGUCGUUCCAGGACAUUUGCGCAUCGCUGAACAGCGUCACACUCCGAUGGCGCCUUCGAUCACGGGCCGAGUCUCCUCCAGAACGCGUGUUGUACGACACCGUUGCAGUCGCUCGGGAAGGCAUAUAUCACCUAAAACGACUGGUCGCAUAG